UUCCAUCCAGUUCUCUAACAGAACAACUCGAACGGGCAUCAAGUUAAGAACACGAAAAGACGAGAAACUUGAAUCGAAAUUAAAAACGAAUAAGUGAUUCUUUCUGAUUUUUACAUAUCAUUUGUACUGAAUUUGAAUAAUAAUUAUUGAAAAUGGUUUACGAAAGUGGAUUUACAACCCGUAGAACUUACAGCUCCAGACCGGUGACAACAUCGUAUGCUGUGACGUAUCCGUCUGUUCAAAAAGUGACACGUGUAUACAAAACGAGUUAUCCAAUCUACUCGAGUUAUUCCAUCCCAAGACGUGUCACCAGUGGAACACGCGUUAUUACUUCGCCUGUUCGGGUUGUUACCUCUCCCACCCGAGUUUAUUCGCGCAUUAUACACUCUCCAUCGCCUGUGCGCGUUGUGCGUACUACAACACGUGUGAUAUCAUCUCCGGAGAGAACGUCUUCUUACACCUAUACUACGCCAUCGACAUACUAUAGUCCAACCUAUUUGCCAUCGACAUACUACUCUUCUGCCUAUAUCCCAACAUCGUAUACGACAUAUACACCUUCGUACCAUUACAAUCCUACAACUGUUACACGUGUUUAUGCUCGAUCGGUAUCUCCGGUAAGGAUCACUACAUCUCCGUUACGUGUAACACCUUCAUACCUGAAGAGACUUCCUCCUGGAUAUGGCGCAUGGGCUUUAACUAAUUAUCUCAAUACCGAACCCUUCACCACCUUUUCGGAGGAAACGGGUAGGAUACGUAAUCGAGCACAAUCAUUAAUGCGGGACUUGCACACUCCCGUUGUUCGUCGUGCACGAAGCUGUACGCCGUUUCCAGUGACUGGGUAUUCUUAUGGCCCGACCUCUCAGUUAGCCUUAGAUGCCUAUGUUGCCCGAGUUACAAAUCCGGUGCGUCAUAUUGCCAAGGAAGUUCACAAUAUAUCUCACUAUCCAAGACCAGCAGUAAAAUAUGUUGAUGCCGAUUUGGAUCCGAAUCGUCCUUCAAGAAAAUUUUCUGCUCCCAGACCCCUCGAAGAUGCUAUUGAUCUGGAAUCGAAAGAAAAGCAGCGUCUACGCCAGGAGCGUCUGUUGACUGUAAACGAAGAGGCUUUAGAUGAACUAGAAGUAGAGAAAAAACGAGCUCAACGCGCUGCUGACGAAGCAAAGCGUCGUGAAGAGAAUGCUCUUAAGGCAAAAAAAGAACGCGAAGAAGCUGAAAAAAAAGCAUUAGAGGAAGAAGCCAUAAAAUUGCGUGCAGCGGAGAAAUUAGCCGAAGAUCAACGACUUAUUAACGAAGCUCGCCUUGCUGAGGAAGCUCGUCUUGCAGAGGCAGCUCGUUUAGCGGAGGAAGCAGCUCAAAAGGCGGCAGCAGAAGCCAAAAAGGCUGAAGAAGCAGCUGCACUUAAAGCUGAAGAAGAACGAUUGGCUCAAGAGGCUCGCAUUGCUGAAGAGGCUCGAUUGGCAGAAGAAGCUGCUCAAAAAGCAGCAGAAGAAGCUGCUCAAAAAGCAGCAGAAGAAGCCAAAGCUGCAGAAGAAGCUGCAGCUCGUAAACUUGAAGAGGAGAAUCGUUUAGCCGAAGAAGCUGCACAAAAAGAAGCAGAAGAGUCUGCCCGUAAAGCUGAAGAAGAUCGCCUGGCUGAGGAAACCCGUUUAGAAGAAGAAAAGCGUUUGCGGGAGCAAGAGUUGAGUCGCUUGGAAGAAAUCGAAAAACAAGCUGAAGAAGAGCGCGAGGGUGACCUGGCACGCCAAGCAGCUGAACUGGCCGAAAUCGCACGUCAAGAAGCAGAAAUAGUUGCUCAAGAGUUGCAAUCCAUUCAAAAAGAAGGUAGAGAUGUUGAUGAGCCCAUAAUUGAUGAACCAGAAACUCCUGUUGCUGAAAUUGAACAUGAACCAAUCAUUGACUUGAACUCAAAGAUUGGAGAAACUUCUUUCGUGUUGGAGAACACUGCCGGUGAAGUUUACGUCGAAGAUGCUGAAUAUGAAGAAGAAGAAUAGUCUCUUCAAACAAUAACAAAUUAUUGUGAACAUCCUCUAAUUGAUAUCCCUGUUAUCAAACCUAUUGAAAUUUUUUACAUUUUCAACUAAUCCGAAACUAAAACUAAUUCGAAACCGAUUUUAGUAAA